AUGGCCCGCAGUUACGUUGAUUUGCGAGCUUUCCGGCUAUGUUUGUUUAUGUUACUGCUCUCUAAUUUAAUAAAAAGUGAUGCGGUGCCCGAUCAGAGAACACCGCUAACCUCUCGCACGGUGAGGACUAAGUACGGUGACGUGAGUGGCGUGAUAGUGACAUUGGAUUCCAAGCAUCUCGAGCCCGUGGAGAUUUUCAGGGGGAUUCCGUACGCGAGCCCUCCUCUGGGCAGCCUGAGAUUCAUGCCCCCUGUGACGGGGGCCCUUUGGCAGGGCGUGAAAAUCGCGGACAAGUUCAGCCCGGUAUGCCCGCAGCGACUGCCGGACAUCGCUAACGAGACGGCGGCCCUAAAGAGGAUGCCGAGAGGACGAUUGGAAUACUUAAAAAGGCUAUUGCCUUACCUACAGGAGCAGAGCGAGGAUUGCCUCUAUUUGAAUAUCUACGCCCCCGCACAAGGUAGGAGUUUCGUGCUAGAAUUUAGUUCCAAAUUAAGGUAA